AUGGUUGCCAUUGAAGGGCAGCCUAGACUGACGUCUCCUCCCAGCCCAGAACUGAGAGAGGGAUGCGGGGGAACCAGAGGUUGGUUGAUCAGCAGCUUCCAAUCGCAGACGGAGUUCAAGCUAACGCCUACUACGGGAUGUCGCAUCGUAGAAGUGCCAACUAGGGCGCCCGGUCGUCAACAAGAACAGAACCGCCGCUAUGUCCGUGCCAGUUCUGAGUCGGCUGUUAGUCGCCCGCCGAAACGGUCGGUCCGCGCGAGGAGCACGGUCCGCCGCGCAGCUGAGGCAUUCCACGGGAAGGCCCCGACGCUGGUCCGGGCCGAACCGAACCGAGUCGCCCCGGUCAGUCUCGCCCAGUCCCGGUGCAGUGCCACACCCGCUUCGGACCCCAGCCCGACGGGCCCAGUCCUCAGAGCCAAUCCUUGUCCCGAAGUUACGGAUCGAACUUGCCGACUUCCCUUACCUACAUUGUUCUAUCGACUAGAGGCUGUUCACCUUGGAGACCUGCUGCGGAUAUGGGUACGGACCGGCACGAAAAUCACACUCUCUCCCUCGGAUUUGCAAGGGCCGACAGAGGCGCACCGGACACCGCAAGAGCCGCGGUGCUUUUACGGGAACAGCGUCCCUAUCUCCGGACGAGCCGAUUCCAGGGACACGAACCCUUACAAAGAAAAGACAACUCUUCCCCGGGUCCUCCGUCGACGUCUCCGAGUUCGGUUGCGUUACCGCACUUGA